UAUUUUGAAGAACGUACUCCGGAAGUGUUGCAUACAUAGCCGCAUCAGCCGGCUUAAUGGAGAUUCUUGGAUAGUCCUGUUUCACGGCUAGAAACGUGUUCUUAAUAAUGGCUUGUCAUAUGUUCUUGCUCUUGCUUUGCAUUUCUCUUUUAUAUCUACCGAUUUAUUCAUCAGCAAAGAGUGACAGACUGAAUGACAAACCUAUAAUUGGUGUGCUGGCUCAGGAGGUUUAUUCACCCAAACCUAAUCAAACCGCGUACAUCGCUGCCUCUUAUGUGAAGUUCCUGGAGUCAGCUGGAGCGAGAGUUGUACCUGUCAUGAUAAACCGGACACUGGAGGAGUAUAAGAAACUGUUCAACUCAAUCAAUGGGAUCCUUUACCCAGGCGGCGGUGUCAGCAUUGUCUCAUCUGGCUAUGAAAAGGCUGCAAAAAUCUUUUAUGAGCUUGCUAUUGAGGCGAACAACCGUGGCGACUAUUUUCCUGUGUGGGGCACCUGUCUUGGGUUUGAACAGCUGACAUAUUUAACGAGCGGAAAGGCAGUACUGUCAUAUACCAAUACGAGCGGCGUGGCGUUGCCUCUGAGCUUCACUAAUGAAGCCAAAGACAGCAGGAUGUUUAAAGGCUUCCCUGCUCAACUCAUAAAAGCUCUUGCUUCUGAACCACUGACAGAGAACUCCCAUAAGUGGAGUUUGGGAGUAUUGACUUACAAUACAAAUGAGGAGCUGAGGAAGUUUUACAAAGUCCUGUCUACAAACACGGAUGGAAAUGUAGAGUUUGUGUCAACAGUGGAAGCUCAUGAGUAUCCUAUUUACGGGACACAGUGGCAUCCAGAGAAAAAUGCUUUUGAAUGGAGACAGCCUUAUAUUCCACAUUCUCCAUCAGCGAUCAAGACCACCUUCUACAUGGCUGAAUUCUUUGUCAGUGAGGCCAGGAAGAACUUUCACAAAUUUGAAUCUGAGGAGGAAGAGAGCAGAGCACUGAUAUACAACUAUAACCCUGUUUACACUGGGACUAAGUCUUCCUUCGAGCAAAUCUAUUUUUUCUGACGACUGUUAGCAGAGUGCUACUCCUGUUUAGCAGCUGAUUGGCUGCUUCAGUCAUGACUUGAGAUUGUUUACAGAUAAUUUAACUUGUUUGGUUUUUGUAUUUGUGGUUCUGUUUAAACUGCAGCCAAAGUCUGAAGUGAAGUGGAAAGAUUUAUGCAGGCAACAUAAAUAUUUAUAUAGUGCAGGAUUGAAUGAAUGUAUGAAAUGAAUGUUGUGGUUUGUGGGUGCUGUAGCUGGGUUUACAGUUGGAUUGCACAUUGCUGUAGUUUAAGGCCCAUUUGUCUCAGCCUGACUUUGCAGUUAUCUUGUGAGUUGAGAAUAUAGAAAGAACUUUGAGAGAAAUGUUGAUACCAAGGGAAGAGUUCAAAAGGGAGCAGAUAUUGCAAAUGAUGCUCUUUGUCUGCCAAAUUUGAUAUAGAUUAUUUGGUAAUAUGGUCUGGGAUUGAGAACUAAAUUAUUUGAAAGAUUACCAUAGCUUCUAGAUUGGAGGUGAAGUGCCUUAAGACUGCAUUCUAUCUAAUGAUCAGCAGGUGGCCAAAAAAAAUCAGAUUGUAUAAAUGUUUUUUGUAAAUUAUGAUCCUGUUUAAAUCAAACAAUAAAGCAGGGGUGGCUGCCUUGUGUUGGAUAAACCCUUAACAUAUUAGCCUGCUCUUUUCACUGAUUCUCAGCAACAUCCAAAGUCUGGUUUCCAAAAACCAAGAUGGCAAAUUAACAAGCUCAAGCCUUCAUAAUCAUAGUCCACAAACCUAUGAGCUCUGCCCAGCAUUUAUCCACCAGAUUAGUCUGACGUCACUGGCUAUUUCUGGGUCCAAAUGCGCCUUCGGUUCCCAAA